AGGCGCGGGCUGGAGCGUGUCAUGUGACUGGGCUUCCUGUCCGAGCCCGGUCGCCGUCGCUAUGCCAACCUUAGCACAACAGGUCCCGGGGCGAAAGCCGGGCCCGCCCGGAGGAGGAGAGGAGCCGCCGCCGCCGCCAUCAUGAUCCCGCCCGCGGACUCCCUGCUCCGCUAUGAGACGCCGGUGCUGGUGAGCCGCAACACGGAUAAGCGCUCGCCCAAGGUACGUCCCGGGGGGAUGGCGGCUGGGUCUGAGCUCCGUGCACGGAGCCCCUCCGCUCACCCCAGCCAGCCCCGCUCCACUUGCCUCUGUCUCCGUCUUCUCCUCCUCCUCCUCCUCCGCAGGCGCGUCCGCUGAAGGCGAGCCCGCAGGUGGGGCCUCCGCCGGGGCCCGUCCCGACGCCGAAGGGCAAGACCCCGCCGCCCACUGUAGACGCCACCAAGCAGCCCGAGGAGAUCCUCAACGCCAUCCUGCCCCCCAGGUGAGAUGCAGGCUCUGUGAGUGGGUUGGGUCCGAAACCAAGUGGCUCCUGGGCAGGGGCCUCUCGAGUCCCCCUCCUCCUGCUGGGGCCGGAGGGGCAGCUGAGCCACCAGUCCUGGAGGGUUCCCCACCACAGUAGAGGUCAGCAAGGAACUCUAUUCUUUAUUGGGGGGGCGGGUCCACCUUCAUUCCAGGCAUGGCAAGCACCCACUGCCCAGCUAUCUCGCUCUGCAUGAGAAGAUGUCUGCAUCUUCUCUAUGGUGGCAACAGCAAAAAAAAAAUACUUCCUCUGCAGAUGCAUGCUGAACUGACAGCUUUAGAGGGUUAUAAACAUCCACACCCACCCAAAUACAGCUAUACCUCAUGUUACAUCCACUUUAUGUUAUGUUCUUUCAGGUUACGUCCCGCAGCGACCCGGAAGUACCGGAAAGGCUUACUUCCAGGUUUCGCUGCAUGCGCAGAAGCACAAAAUAACAUCAUGCUCAGAAGCAGCGGAUCACAACCCACCCAUGCGCAAAUGCGCCGCUGCGGGUUGCAAUCUUUUCAUGUUGCUAACGGGCCUCCAGAACGGAUCCCGUUCGCAACCAGAGGUACCACUGUACUGAGCUGCGGCUCCAUCCUGCAGUUACAGGUCUACUCACAGUGCACUCAGAUCCAAGCAGCUCAAGGAGUGGAGGCUACAGUGUUCUUAAUGCCCUUGGACAUGGAGCCAUCCAUUCCUCAGCUUAAUGUGGAUUAUGAACCCCUCCCCCGUGCCCCCUUUAAUUCCCCCUCCUCCACGGGCAUAGCCAGGAUUUCUAUUAGGGGGGAAGGCUUUGUGUUGGGGGGACCUCAGUUAAGUAUUUUUAUUGAUUUAUGGGGUCAGCUGCCCCCCACUUGGCUAUGCCCAUGUCCUCCUCUACAUGUUUUCUUCCAACUACUGCUGUCACUCACUUUCUCUUCCCUAAAUCUGGAGUUUCCCUAUACAACUGAUGUAGCUCUUGUAUUCAAAUUUUCAAAGCAUGGGAAUCUCUAUUUAGGGAGGACAAGGUAUGGGACCCCCGGGACGCGGGUGGCGUUGUGGGUAAAACCUCAGCACCUAGGACUUGCCGAUCGUCAGGUCGGCGGUUCGAAUCCCCGCGGUGGGGUGCGCUCCCGUUGCUCGGUCCCAGCGCCUGCCAACCUAGCAGUUCGAAAGCACCCCCGGGUGCAAGUAGAUAAAUAGGGACCGCUUACUAGCGGGAAGGUAAACGGCAUUUCCGUGUGCUGCGCUGGCUCGCCAGAUGCAGCUUGUCACGCUGGCCACGUGACCCGGAAGCGUCUUCGGACAGCGCUGGCCCCCGGCCACUUAAGCGAGAUGGACGCGCAACCCCAGAGUCAGACACGACUGGCCCGUACGGGCAGGGGUACCUUUACCUUUAGGUAUGGGACAGCAGUAGUUUGAAGAGGACACUUUAGGUUGGAAAUGAUGGAGGCACGAGGAAUUCACAAUCCAUGAUAAACUGAGGUCUGAACAGGCUUUGGGUUGCUGUCUCCUUUCUAAGAUUUAGAAGCCACUGGAAAUGUCUCUUUCAUUACCAAAACAUAAAGUGAGCCUGCUUGGUUUCCUUGAAUCCUAGCCUCUCUCUGCUUGCUUUGGUGUAGAGAAUGGGUGGAAGAGAACCAGUUAUGGAUCCAGCAGGUGUCGAGCACCCCCAGCACACGCAUGGAUGUGGUGCAUCUGCAGGAACAGCUGGACCUCAAACUCCAGCAGCGCCAGGCCCGUGAGACAGGCAUCUGCCCUGUGAGGCGAGAGCUGUACUCCCAGUGCUUUGGUGAGUGAGUGAACAGAGCCAGCCCUCUCCGCAUGCACAAUCUCAUCCAGAAAAUGAGGGCAUGAGUCCCAGGUACUCAUUUCAAUGAUUUGUCACAUCCUCACCCCCAGUUCUAGUCCUACACCUCUUCCAAUUAAAAUACAGUAGCACCUCGGGUUACAUUACCCUCGGGUAACGUAAACUUCAGGUUGCAAAAGUGGCAAACCUGGAAGUGUUUUGCCGCACACUCAUGCGCAGAAGCGGUCUACCGCCACGCGCAUGCAUAUAACAGUGAUCCUCGAGUUGCGAAAACCUCGGGAUCUGGCCGGACCUCUGGAACAGAUCCCGUUCGCAACCGGAGGUACCACUGUAACACACUAUAGUGUUAUUUCCCAUCCCACCCUCACCCCCAAAAUACACCCCUUUCUGCUUAUCCAUUUCUUUUUAACCUGCCUCCUAAAUAACUGUAGUUCAUCUUCCUAGGAUAAGCCUCCCUGAUCAACUUUGUUGCUGCUACAAGUACAGCUUUGAAACCUAAGUUAGAGCCAUUAACUUGCUCGCAAGCUGGAACACCAAACACUGAAGAAUUCUUGUCCUUUAAGGCAGUCAUGAGUCCCUAGCUUCCAUCCUCUGGAGAUGGGUGGGAGAAAGAGCAUCAGUCCAGACUUUUCCCAUGCAAAGCCUCAUUUGCAACUCUUCCCUUGCAGAUGAGCUGAUCCGAGAGGUGACCAUCAACUGUGCAGAGCGGGGGCUGCUGCUGUUGCGAGUGCGAGACGAGAUUCGGAUGACAAUUGCUGCUUACCAGACCCUGUAUGAGAGCAGUGUUGCCUUUGGCAUGAGGAAGGCACUGCAGGCUGAGCAGGGCAAGUCUGAUAUGGAAAGGAGAGUAAGUGUGGAGGCCAACAUCUCCCACCGCUGCACGAUCUUAGUUGGGGAAAGAAAGGCAGAGUUGGUUUGGGCCUCAAAGCUUCUUGGCAAGCAUGAAGUCUACCACUUGCUUAUAGUUGUGCAGAUGUGUGUGUGCAGUGCAUCUUAUUGCAACUUCGCGAAGGAGAAUCAUCAGCUCCAAGGCUGAGCUGCCUAGGGUGAGCAAGCCGUGGGAACCACCUGAAUAGUAAUUACUGUCACACAUCCUGCCUGCUUCUAUUAAAGGUAAAGGUACCCCUGCCCGUACGGGCCAGUCGUGUCCAACUCUAGGGUUGUGCACCCAUCUCACUUAAGAGGCCGGGGGCCAGCGCUGUCCAAAGACACUUCCGGGUCACGUGGCCAGCGUGACGAAGCUGCUCUGGCGAGCCAGCACCAGCGCAACACACGGAAACGCCGUUUACCUUCCCGCUAUAAAGCGGUACCUAUUUAUCUACUUGCACUUAGGGGUGCUUUCGAACUUCUAGGUGGGCAGGAGAUGGGACCGAAAGAUGGGACCCCGCCGCGGGGAUUCAAACCACUGACCAUACGAUCGGCAAGUCCUAGGCACUGAGGUUUUACCCACAGCGCCACCCGCGUCCCUGCCUGCUUCUAUUAGGUGACAGUAAAGACACUUCCAGGAGGCCUGGAGAAGUAACACUGCACUUCUUGUGGCCACUCAUUAACCUGGUGGGUCUGUUUUUUGCUCCAAGAUUGCAGACUUAGAGGAUGAGAAGCGGGACUUGGAGAGGCAAGUGAAUGAGCAGAAAGCCAAGUGUGAUGCCAUUGAGAAACGGGAACUUGAAAGGCGGCAGGUGGAAGAGAAGAAGCACACAGAAGAAGUGCAGUUCCUGAAACGAACAAAUCAGCAGCUCAAGGUUGGUUAGAGGGGACAGGGGCUGGAUUGGUGCAUAAAGAAACCACUCUUUCUUAGACAUCCAAAUUCUGUUGGACUCCCAGCUCCAGUCGGCGAUGAUGGAAGUUAUAGUCCAGCAAAUUCUACGCUCCUAACAGGAUUCUGCGUUUAGACUUUAGGAGCCUUCCCGCCCCAUCACCUAUUGGUUUCUGACUUUGGGAGGGUUACUACAUCUUUCCUGCUCAUCUGUUAUACACAGGACACACCCAGGUUGAUUUGCUCAGGCCAGUUUCUAGCUCCCAAUUUACAUGGCCUCCCAGUAAUGUGUUUUGUUAGAAAAUACCAGAGCCUGGCUUUAUGUAGGCAUGUCCCUAGUCCUUAACCUGGUCUGGAAGGCCAGAGUCCUUAAUUCUAAUCUGUUAGCCAUAUGCUAACCAGCAGUGGUAUUCUUAAUCAGAGGACUUAAGACUUGCUGAGAGGAUCAGCUAUGUAGAAAGUUCAACAUGUUUCACUAGUAGUGAGAGGCAUUAUUAAGGGUCCCAGAAGUGCAACUGUACUCUUUAAUCCUAGUCCGUCUGAUCAAAACCAGAUCAUACAGAGCUGAGCAUGUCAGUUGACAGGGUGGGAUAUUUUACCAAGUUUCAAAGGGCUACUUAUGGGAAAUCAAGGCCUGUUUGAAUGCUUCACAAUGGGUAUUGUGUGCUUAGAAGUCUUAACUUGUUUCCUUCCACCUGUCCCUUAGGUAAUUUAGGGGUGUUAUGAUUGGGGUGGAGGGACAGAAAACACUUUCCUCUUACCAAAGAUUUGCCUCCUUGGUGGAGCCUGCUUCUGGCAUGCAGGGAAGAAAAACCAGCAAGAAAAUUGGAUGUGGCCCCCAGUAACCCUUCCUUGUUCAGUGGCAGCCAGUGGUCUUUUUUUUCUAAUUGGGCAUCAAGUUGCCUCUAGUCACUGUUGUGUGCCUGAGUCCCAGAAAUGAUGUUGAUAGCACAGCCCUCAGACAGCCAAGGGCUUCACGGCCAGUCAUGAAAGCAGAGAAUGCAAACCACUGUUACAGCAACUUUGAUUCAAUUUCCUCUUUAGUACUUUUACAUUAUGAAAUGAGACUUUUGUAGCCAGGAAACAUUGCCAACUCUCCACUUUCUUCUCAUAAAGCAACAGACUUCCAUGCCAAGAAUGAAAGAAACUUAAUUUAUAAAACAUGGGAUGAGGAAUGCAAGAACAAACAACACCCCCCUCUCCACUCCAACUUGUUUCAGCCCCCAGCACUGCAGCAGCCUCCAAGUGAAGCAGUGGAUUGUUAGAUGUGCACCUUCUGGCAAAAGUGAGAGACUAAUUAAUUAGUCUGUCUUUUUCUGCUUUUCAGGCGCAGCUUGAAGGCAUCAUUGCACCAAAGAAGUAGUGGACCUUUCCAACAGCCCAGGGCUGGAGGGGGGAGUGCCUCCUGAGUGGCAAACAAAAGAAUAUCUUCCAAGAGUUCUUUAAAAAAGGUUCCAGAAUUAAUUUGCACCCCCUCUCUCAUCUGGAUCAGCUCCCCUUCUCUGCUUCUAGUGAUUUCUCAGCUGGUUUGGGAUUUGCCUCACCAGUUUACCCUAAAUGGAAUUUUUAAAAGUAUUUUUUUAUGUAGUAGUACUUCAGUUUGUUAUUACCGGGCAAGCCUCCGUCCUGCAGCAGGACAAAGGCUCUACAAAGUCACAUUAAACUAAACAAUUCUGAAA